GUCCCUCUUCCUGUGGUCCGCUUUGCUGUUCCUUCUCUGUCCCUCUGAUUCUGCAAAAGCACAUAUUUUCUUCCAUUUUUCUCUCUUUUCUUUCUUCGAUGUCAGGAACCUUAGUUUACUCCGCCGGAAAAGCCAUCUGGUCAUCGCCGGAGAAGCGCUUUCCCGGAUCGAAAUCCGCCAGAUCCCACAGCGGCACAGCACGGUUUCCCGGCGGAGCAACCUCCGUCACGGCUUCGGCGAGGACGCUAUCCUCCGAGGCGGCGACGGAGGCGGGGGAAUGGGUGCGGCGGAGGCCAGCGGAGAGCCUAUACGAGGUGCUGAAGGUGAAGGAGACGGCAUCGUUGACGGAGAUAAAAACGGCGUACCGGAGCUUAGCGAAGGUUUACCAUCCGGACGCAGCGUCGGAAUCGGACGGCCGGGAUUUCAUGGAGAUCCACAAGGCUUACGCCACGCUGUCAGAUCCGACGGCCAGGACUCUCUACGAUCUGUCGCUGGGAGCUCGACGGAGACGCGUCAUUGUGGGUCGAGCGGGUCGGGUCUACACGACCCGGAGAUGGGAAACGGAUCAGUGUUGGUAGUCUUUCUGGUAAUUUUUUUUUUUUGAAGAAAACAAUCUCUUUUUUCCAUUGUUUUUUUCCCUUUGUAAAUUUCAGCCGCUGUAAUUAAUCUUGAAAAAUUAACGGAAAGUCAGAUUUCUGUUGCAUCUGUAAAUACGGAGCCGUCCGUAUUCCUUUCCUCUUC